AUCCUUCCACCAACGUCAGCCGGUGUUAUUUACAGCAUCGCCUGACAACGUGUUAUGUCACUCCGUGUUAUUUUAUGGUUGUCCAGUCAACAAGUAACACGUGCAUUGUAUUGCUAAUAGGUGCUGGAUUAUUUUGUCGCUUUCCUUAGCAAGCAGGAUUUUUUACAUUUUGGCACGCAUUUUUGCGACCGGCAGUCUUUAUUCAGCUAAAAUGUAAGCUAGCUACAGUACCACUCUUCCCUUGCCACACCAUAAAUGACACUAGCACCACAUUAGCAACCUAGCCGUGUGGAUAAUCUACCUUUGGGCUAACUAGCCGUAAAGCUAGUGUGGCUACAUUGUCAUAACAAUGGACGACCCCGGUAUAAAGAAGCAGAAUUGGGACGUGAAGGAGACCGAGUUAUUUCUGGAAAUACUGAAGGACUUGGACAUGAAAAAAUGCUUAGACGGGAGGAAAGUAAGGAAUAAUAAACUGUUUAAGGUGGCACACAGGAGGAUGACAGCGGCUGGUUAUCACAGAACUGUGGACCAAUUAAAGUUUCGCUGGAAACUUCUCAAAAGUGCGUAUUAUAAGUGCAAGAGGGAACCGAACCUCCCGGCACCGACCAAAAUACAAGGUUGGUGGCGGUAUGAAAAGACUAUGAUAGCUAUCAUGGAGUCCAGACACCCCUUGUUAGGAGCUGGUGUCAACUCUGUCAGGAAUGAUGAAGUGACAGAAGACUCGGAUGGAGAAGCAUCGAUGCUGCACUGGCCGCAGCCCUGCCCGGACAAUACCGCCCAGAACCUGGGUUUAAUUAUCAAAAUGGACCCCGAGAUGGACUCGCAGCUGAAGAUCGGUUUUAUUGGUGCAGGGAACAUGGCAUUCGGCAUUGCAAAGGGCAUCUUGUCUGGAAAUGCUCUUCCUGCAAACAUCAAAGUUAGCGCACCAUCCUCAAGAAACCUGGGACGCUUUCAGGAGCUCGGUGUUGCCGUCACUCAUUCCAACGAAGAGGUGGUCUCUGGGUCAGAUCUGGUCUUUGUUGCGGUCAAACCUCACCUGGUAGCACCUGUUCUCACUGAGAUCUCAGAACACGUCACAGAGCGACACAUUAUUGUGUCUGUGGCAGCGGGGGUAACACUGGCAACAUUAGAAGAGCUCUUGCCAGAGAAUUCAGUCGCCAUCAGGCUGAUGCCAAAUCUCCCAUGUUUGGUUCAGGAGGGAGCUCUCCUGUUUGCCAGGGGAUCCCAUGCAAAACAGGAAGACGGAGCUCUGCUGCGCUCUUUGCUGCACCGCUGUGGUUUGGUGGAGGAGGGACCGGAGGCCUGGAUCGACAUCCACACUGGACUGAGCGGGAGCGGAGUUGCUUUUGUGUAUCUGUUUACUGAAGCGCUGGCAGAAGGAGCUGUAAAAAUGGGAAUGCCAAGUGCUCUGGCCCACAGCAUCGCAUCUCAAACUGUUCUGGGUGCUGGGAAAUUGCUACGUGAGUCCGGGAAGCAUCCGGCUCAGCUCCGCUCUGAGGUCUGCACUCCGGGUGGAACAACCAUCUACGGGCUUCACACCCUGGAGCAGGGCGGUCUGAGGGCGGCGACCAUGAGCGCCGUGGAAUCUGCCACUGAGAGAGCCAGGGAGCUCGGCCGAAAGUGAGCAGAAAGAUCCAGGAAAUAACGGCUGCUCUUUGCCUUUCUACUACUGCUCCAUUGACUUAAUUCAAGCCUUGCAACAAACUGACUUUUUGGCUCAACUUCACCAUGGAACACAAAGACAAAGCAGGACUUGUCAUCUUUUCUUUGUUCAUUUCUUUCCCUUUCUCAUCAAUUAGUGAGAAUGCAGAUUGCAACCAACUGACAGAUUCUCCACUCACCCCUCCCUUUCAGAGAAACUACAGUGGCCUUCAGGUAACAUAAAAAAUGUGAUGGCCCUUAAGAAUG